UCAUCCAAGUAACUUUCCUCCUUCUACUUCUUCCUUUCUUCAUCUUUUAUAAUAUCUUCCAUUUUUCCUUAGCUGUGUCCGUCUCAUAUCUUCUCUUCUCAGGAAAACUACACGCUGCUGUUUCGUUUCGCUCAAAUCUCCCUCUUCGCAGGGUCUUGGCUUAAGGAAAAACAUUAAGAGGAAUCAUAUAAUUUGGCAUGUAUCCUUACCCUUCCUCCGUAUCAAAUGAAAGGCUAUGGAAAGUUUCUGAUCGCCUUUUCAGCCUUGGGGAGAUAGCCAUUGUUGCUGGGGGAAGUGAUAAGAAUGGCAAUGUCCUACAAUCUGCUGAACUCUACAAUUCUGAAGUAGGUACUUGGCAAACAUUGCCCGACAUGAACUUCCCACGUAAACUAUGUUCGGGAUUUUUUAUGGAUGGGAAGUUUUAUGUGAUUGGGGGCAUGUCAAGUCAUACAGAUUGUUUGACUUGUGGUGAAGAGUACAAUAUUGAGACAAGGUCAUGGAGGAGGAUAGAAAAUAUGUACCCUGGUCGCGAUGCAAGUUAAUAACUCAUGGAGUGUUGUGAAGAGACUCCCUGUGAGGGCGGACUCUUCCUACGGUUGGGGGCUGGCAUUUAAAGCAUGCGGAAACAGUUUACUAGUAAUAGGAGCUGGAGGUCAUGGAGGGCAUGAUGAUGGAGUAA